CAAUCAUUUCGUCGUCGACGCCGUCAUCGAGCUCUGUCAUCUCCGCAAGGAUCACCACCGAAGAAGCGAUCGAGACAAGGAAUCGCUCAAGCUACGGAAGAAGAGCCGGUCCAGCUCAAAACGACGCCUGAGAGCUCGAUCGGAGAGUGAACAUGAGAGGUCACGAAGGCACAAGAAGCAUGACAAGCCAAAGAAGGCAAAGGAAAAGGAGCGAAGCAGCAAGAGUCAUCGUCAUAAACGUCAUAAGAACAGAGACAAAAAGAUGCUCUUUUUGGCAUCUAACUCAUUUUGCAAAAACGAUAUAGUGUUUGUCUUUUCAUCUCUUUGUUUGACUGUGUGUGUUGUAGGGAUUGAAAAUGAGUACAUAGGAGUGAAUCCGCUCAAGAGAGAUGAGUUCUUGAAGGUGAAUCCAAUGGGUGCUGUACCAGCUCUGGUUGAUGGAGACGUUGUGGUUUCUGAUUUUUUUGCCAUCAUAAUGUAUCUAGAUGAGAAGUAUCCUGACCCACCUCUCUUACCUCCUGACCUCCACAAACGUGCUGUGAACUACCAGCGAGUAUUGUCUUGUCUGGCAUACAGCCUUAUCAAAAUACGCCUGUUGCUAUGUAUAUUGAGGAGAAGACCAACUCUGAGGAGAAAACUGCUUGGGUCAAUAACUCUCUAUCUAUGGGAAAAAGAUUAUGCUGAAGGUUGAUAAGUCCAAAGUGGACAAAGCUGCAGAGAGCAAGAGAAAUGAAUUGCUUAAGUUCUUGAAUGCAAGCUUCGACUAGUUUUAUUCCAAACACCAAAAAUGUAUCAGACCCUCUUUGACAACGAGUCUCUGUUCAGGAUGUUGGUCUGAUGAUUAUUACAGCAGGUUUUGAGACUUUUUAGUGAUCAGUACCGGUUUAUACUUUUCAUUUUCUCUGAGAUAUUAUAUGCUUCAUUGAUUCUAGGUGGGUUCUAUGUGCUUUGGGAAACCCAUCCAAAAGAGUACAAAAUCUAGCGUCUUUAAAACAAGGAUAUCUGUCCAUUGUGUUGAAUGUUGACUUGGACAUAUAUAAUAAGAUUAUUAUGGCUUAUAGCUAUGAUAUUUACUUUUA